UCCGUUUCCGGCGACCGAGGCACGAGGGUUCGGUAUCCAACAGCGGGAAAAUGCGGCCUUUGACUGAAGAGGAGACCCGUGUCAUGUUUGAAAAGAUAGCAAAGUACAUCGGGGAGAAUCUUCAGCUGCUGGUCGACAGGCCCGACGGGACCUACUGUUUCAGGCUGCACAACGACCGGGUGUAUUACGUGAGUGAAAAAAUCUUGAAAUUGGCUGCUAACAUCUCCGGUGACAAGUUGGUGUCGCUGGGAACCUGCUUUGGAAAAUUCACUAAGACCCACAAAUUCCGGUUGCACAUCACAGCUCUGGAUUACCUUGCACCCUAUGCUAAGUACAAAGUGUGGAUAAAGCCUGGAGCAGAGCAGUCCUUUCUGUAUGGGAACCAUGUGUUGAAAUCUGGACUGGGUCGAAUCACUGAAAAUACUUCUCAGUACCAAGGAGUGGUGGUGUAUUCCAUGGCAGACACCCCUUUGGGUUUUGGGGUGGCAGCAAAGUCUACACAAGACUGCAGGAAAGUAGACCCCAUGGCGAUUGUGGUAUUUCAUCAAGCAGACAUUGGGGAAUAUGUGCGACAUGAAGAGACAUUGACUUAAAACGAAAUCAUCGCAAGGACUUAUGGCUGUGUAGAGGGGCCUAGCUUUGUUUCCUGUGUCUGUGUAGGCUCCACCAUCAUGUUGAAUUUUAUCAACACUGACCUUUUCAGGGACUUAUUAGUUUAAUAUUCUCUCUAUUAUGGACAAAUGCAGGCUGGAUUCUUAUUAAGCAGAAAUGGCCCAAAAAUGAAGUUUUGGAUCUUUGUGUUUGUGAAUACUGUGUUUUAUAUUUGAAUCAGAGUGCUUCUUGUUUUGAGUAACAGGAACUGAUCAUUGGAAUUGAGGACAAGAGUAGCUUGUUAUUGUUAUCUGUGAUAACAUUUCUCCAAGCUCAUGAUAACACAAUGGAUCUUCUUAAUUAUUUAUUUAUAUUAUGAAAGAUAGAUAUCGCCGUAACAGAAUAGUAGGCCAUAUCUGGGAUUUUACAAAUGAAAUUUGGGUAAAAUAACAGUUUAUUCUGCUAAUUUUCUAUAUGGUAGGUGCUCUGUGGUGUGGGAAAAACUUGGAUUCAAACCCUAGUUCUGAUACCUACCAGCUAUAUGAUGCCUUAGAUGAGUCAUUAAAUGUUAAUAAGCUCCAUUUUCUUCAUCUGUUUCAAAAAACAGCUUUAAUCAUCUACCAAAGGAUGGUUUUUAGAGUUAGAAAUCAUGAUUGUAAAGCACCUAGCACAGUGCUUGGCAAAUGAUAGGUGUUGAAUAAAUGGUAAGAAUUAUUUUUAUGUUGCACAUACUGAGUAUUUCUGUUACUAAGAGUAGGAUUUUAUGAGUAUAUUUUGAUUAUAUUGUCUAGGUUUUUACAAGCUGUUUUCUUGUUCUGAGAUCUGGUAUGACAAUGAAUGUUAUUUUCAUCAACUUGGUUUCCUAAAACAUAAUUUUCCUUAUGAAUCUUUACUUACCUUCCUGGACUGGACAAAACCACUGAAAUAAUAAUUCAGCUCCUCCAUCCUUCCCCAUGCCUCUUGAAAUCAUUUUUAGAAUGAUUAAAAUAUUUUUUAAUGAAAAACAUUUCAGACAAAAAUUUUUUAAACUACCUGUAUUGUAAAACAUU